AGCCGAGCCGCGGCGGUAGGGGGAGUCGCGGCGGCCGCCGGCAGGGGGGCAGUGCGGCAGCGGGGGUAGCCGCCUCGGCGCAGUCUGGCAGCGGGAGCAGGGGAAGAGCCGGCAGCAGGGGGAGCCGCUGCGGCGCCUGGAGGAGGCUCCACCCCCCGCGGCCCCGGUCCCGCGGAGGUUGCAAUGAACUUUCUUGUAAGGAUGUACCAGUAUCAUCACGAAUGAAUCCUUUCUACCUUUACAUAACGGUAAAGUGAUUGGAAGUUUCAGUCAGCAGAUAUUUCCCUGCCUUUUCAGACUCCUCAGCAUGGAUAUUUCUGAGAUGCAUCCAAGCAGUGUGUGGAAUCCUUUGAUUUGUGUUUGAGGUGUGAACAACCUCUGAAAGAUCUGCUAAAAAGAUAAGGAGGAACCUCUAUGGGUAACCCUUGGCUGGAAACAAUUACUGGUCAACCAUGGUAAAACUUGCCAACCCUCUUUAUACGGAGUGGAUUCUUGAAGCUAUACAAAAAGUUAAAAAGCAAAAGCAAAGGCCUUCUGAAGAGAGAAUAUGUCAUGCUGUUUGUGCUUCCCAUGGAUUAGAUAAGAAGACUGUUUCGGAACAGUUGGAACUUAGUGUUCAAGAUGGUUCUAUUCUUAAAGUUACCAACAAAGGCCUUGCAUCCUACAAGGACCCAGAUAAUCCUGGACGGUUUUCAUCUGUUAAACCUGGCACUAUUUCUAAAUCUGUUAAGGGAUCUAGAGGAGCUUGUAAUGAACUUCGUAAUGUGGAUUGGAAUAAACUCUUGAGAAGAGCAAUUGAAGGGCUUCAAGAACCAAAUGGCUCCUCCCUGAAAAACAUAGAGAAGUAUUUGAGAAGUCAAAAUGACCUAGCAAAUAUUUUCAACAAUCCUGCCUUUCAGCAGAGAUUGCGUCUGGGGGCCAAACGUGCUGUGAACAAUGGGAGAUUAUUGAAGGAUGGACCUCAGUAUAGAGUGAAUUAUGGCAGUUUGGAAAGCAAAGGAGCAUUCAAAUACUCCAGCACUUUCCCAGCUUCUCUUCCACCUGUCAGCCUUCUACCCCAUGAAAAAGACCAGCCACGAGCUGAUCCCAUCCCAAUAUGUAGCUUUUGUUUGGGAACGAAAGAGUCGAAUCGUGAAAAAAAACCAGAAGAGCUGUUGUCUUGUGCAGACUGUGGCAGCAGUGGACAUCCAUCAUGUUUGAAAUUCUGUCCUGAGUUAACAACAAAUGUGAAGGCCUUAAGAUGGCAGUGUAUUGAAUGCAAGACAUGCAGUGCAUGUAGGAUCCAAGGCAAAAAUGCAGAUAACAUGCUUUUUUGCGACUCCUGUGAUAGAGGAUUCCACAUGGAGUGCUGUGACCCACCACUUUCCCGAAUGCCAAAAGGGAUGUGGAUUUGCCAGGUCUGUAGACCAAAGAAGAAAGGGAGAAAGCUACUUCAUGAGAAAGCUGCCCAAAUAAGGCGACGAUAUGCAAAACCUAUUGGACGACCGAAAAAUAAACUAAAGCAACGAAUGUUGUCUGUAACCAGUGAUGAAGGAUCCGUGAAUGCAUUCACAGGAAGGGGGUCACCUGGUAGGGGUCAAAAGACUAAAGUCUGUACCACACCUUCAUCUGGUCAUGCUGCAUCUGUGAAGGAUUCAAGCAGCAGAUUGCCUGUUACAGACCCCACUCGGCCUGGUGCCACCACCAAAAUCACCACCACCUCCACCUACAUAUCUGCCUCUACACUUAAAGUUAACAAGAAAACCAAAGGGCUCAUUGAUGGCCUUACUAAGUUCUUUACACCAUCACCUGAUGGUCGCAGAUCACGAGGUGAAAUAAUAGACUUUUCAAAGCACUAUCGUCCAAGGAAAAAGGUCUCUCAGAAACAGUCAUGCACUUCUCUUGUGUUGGCUACAGGUACCACACAAAAGCUAAAACCUCCACCUUCUUCACUUCUACCCCCAACCCCCAUCUCUGGUCAGAGCCCCAGUUCGCAAAAAUCCAGCACUUCCACUUCUUCUAACUCUCCCCACAGUUCUUCCAGUCAGUCAAGUGUACCUUCCUUUAGUAGCCUUCCUAAUAACAGUCAGCUAAAGGGACUCUUUGAUGGACUCUCUCAUAUCUAUACCACUCAGGGACAGUCUCGAAAAAAGGGACACCCAAGCUAUGCACCACCCAAGCGUUUGCGCCGUAAACCAGAAUUGUCUUCCACAUCAAAAUCUAGUAGCCAUUUCUAUGGCAAGAAAGAGGUUAGGAGUAGGUUUAUUUCUCAUGCCUAUACCUCUGGAUGGGGGGUGUCUAGAGGACAUGCUUUUAAAGCAAUUGCUCACCUCAAGAGAACAACUUUCCUUAAAAAGCCCAGGAUUCUAGGCAGAUUAAAGUAUAAAGUGACCCCUCAGAUGGGGACCCCCUCACCAGGGAAGGGGAGCUUGGCAGACGGAAGGAUUAAACCUGAUCAGGAUGAUGAUACUGAAAUCAAACUAAGCAUCAAACAAGAAAAUACGGAUGUGUUUCUGGUGGGAAGCAAGGACACUGUUACACAGGAGGAUUUGGAAGUAUUUAAACAGGCUCGAGAACUUUCCCUGGAGAAAAUUGGGUGUAAAAACACUGGUGAAACAAGUGGGCGAUACCCUUCAGUGAUUGAGUUUGGAAAAUACGAGAUCCAGACCUGGUACUCUUCACCUUACCCACAGGAAUAUGCAAGAUUACCAAAGCUUUACCUGUGUGAAUUCUGUCUUAAAUACAUGAAAAGCAAAAACAUUUUGUUAAGGCACUCAAAGAAAUGUGGCUGGUUUCAUCCUCCAGCCAAUGAAAUCUAUAGAAGAAAUGACCUUUCAGUAUUUGAGGUUGAUGGCAAUGUGAGCAAAAUUUAUUGUCAGAAUCUUUGUUUGUUAGCUAAGCUCUUUCUGGACCACAAAACCUUGUAUUAUGAUGUUGAGCCAUUCCUCUUCUAUGUCCUUACAAAAAAUGAUGAGAAAGGCUGCCAUUUAGUUGGAUAUUUCUCUAAGGAAAAGCUUUGCCAGCAGAAGUACAAUGUCUCCUGCAUAAUGAUCAUGCCCCAAUACCAAAGGCAAGGAUUUGGAAGGUUUCUCAUUGAUUUCAGUGGAUGCUAUGAUGGAGUACAUCUAUUAGGAGUGAUCGGAGGAAGUGUGUUCACAUCUGUGGCAUGCUAUUUACUUUCUAGAAGAGAGGGUCAAGCAGGAUCCCCUGAAAAGCCAUUGUCUGAUCUGGGUCGUCUCUCAUACUUGGCUUACUGGAAAAGUGUCAUAUUAGAAUACCUUAACUGCCACCAUGAAAAACAAAUCAGCAUCAAAGGAAUGAGUCGAGCUACUGGAAUGUGUCCCCAUGAUAUUGCCACAACCCUGCAGCAACAUAGCAUGAUAGAUAAGAGAGAAGAUAGAUUUGUAAUUAUUAGAAGGGAAAAGCUGAUUUCAAGUCACAUGGAGAAACUGAAAGCAAAUCCACGUAUCAAUGAAGUAGAUCCUGAAAGCUUGAGAUGGACUCCUUUGUUAGUUUCUAAUGCUGCAGUUUCUGAAGAAGAGAGAGAAGCAGAAAAGGAGGCUGAGCGUCUGAUGGAACAAGCUAGCUGCUGGGAAAAGGAAGAGCAAGAAAUAUUCUCCACAAGAACUAAUAGUAGGCAAUCACCUGCAAAAGUACAAUCUAAAAAUAAAUAUUUGCGAUCUCCAGAAAGUGUGGCAGUGGUGGGGGAGCGAGGGCAAUCCACAGAGCAAUCUAAGGAAAGCAGCGAGGAGGAUGGCGGGGAUGAGAAUCAGCAGAGUUCACCUCCUCGGCUGACAAAGCCGCAGUCGCUGGCCAUAAAAAGAAAGAGACCUUUCAUACUGAAGAAGAAAAGGGGCCGUAAACGCAGAAGGAUUAAUAGCAGUGUUACAACAGAGACUAUUUCUGAAACAACAGAAGUGUUGAAUGAGCCAUUUGAUAACUCAGAUGAAGAGCGUCCCAUGCCACAGCUGGAACCUACCUGUGAGAUGGACGGGGAAGAUGAUGACUUGAAGCCUGUGAUUAGAAAAGCUUUUGAGUAUCAACCUGGGCAGCAGAAACAGGAGGAGGAGGAGGAAGAAGAGCAGAACAAGGAGGAGAAAGAGAUUCGUUGUUACAGGAGUGACGACAAUUGUACAAAUAAUACAGAGGAUGUAGCUGUAUUGGAAGAAAGCACUAAAGACAAUCUUGAACCUUUAAAGAGUAAGCAGGGUUGGCCCAAAGGAGUUAAGCGUGGUCCAUCUAAAUGGAGGCAAAGCAAAGAAAGAAAACCUGGCUUUAAGCUUAAUUUAUACACUCCACCUGAGACUCCUAUGGAGCCUGACUAUCAGGUGCUGGUGGAGGAACAAAAGGAAGUAGCUGAAGACAAGCCCUGCUCAGUUCCUGCUGUUAUGGAGGAAGCGAUUAAAGAGCCUGUUGAAGUAUUACCACCACCAGAUGACGAGCUAAAAGAGGUAGAACCUGAACCUCUGCAUCCACCCAGUGAACCCUUUGAAAAACAAGAAAACAAUAGGAUGAAAGCUGGGGAAGACAAAAGGAGUGUAGAAGAAGGGGGAAUCAAUUCAAAAGAUCAAGAAAAAGACAAAGCAGAAGAGGCGUUUCUGCAAAAAGAGGAGGAGUCCAUGCAUUUGGAUGAUCAGGAGGAGGAGGAGGAGGAGGAGGAUGAAGAACCUUCUCACAAUGAGGAUCACGAUGCAGAUGAUGAAGAUGAUAGCCACAUGGGUUCAACAGAAGUGGAGAAAGAGGAAUUGCCUGGCGAAGCUUUCAAAGAAAUGCUGGAAACACAGGAGUCUUUUUUAGACGCAAAUGUUCAAACUGGUAAUUCCAAUCAGGAGGACAUAAUGGAUUGUGGUGUUGACCUGGCAGCUGAUGAGUGUGAAAGUGACCAGAAAGAACUUGCUACAGAUUCAGACCCAGUACCUGAAUCUGACGAUGAUCAUACAGAUAACAACCAGGACCAAAAAGCUGGUGAAGAGUUACAUUCCAAUUUGAAGGGAGAGAGUACUGAGACCAUGGAGAUUGAUUCAGAGACUGUUCAAGCAGUACAGUCUCUAACCCAAGAAGCAAGUGAACAUGAAGAUACGUUUCAGGACUGUGCAGAGACUCAAGAGGCCUGUAGAAGUUUGCAAAACUAUGCCCAUAAUGACCAAAGUCCCCAAAUGACCACUUUGGAUGACUGUCAGCAGUCUGACCACAGUAGCCCAGUUUCAUCUGUGCACUCUCAUCCUAGCCAGUCAGUUCGUUCUGUUAAUAGUCCAAAUGUUGCUCCUUUAGAGAACAGCUACGCUCAGAUCAGCCCAGAUCAAAGUGCCAUUUCUGUGCCGUCUCUACAGAACAUGGAGACCAGCCCAAUGAUGGAUGUUCCCUCAGUUUCUGAUCAUUCGCAGCAAGUUGUGGAUAGUGGGUUUAGUGACUUAGGGAGCAUUGAGAGCACAACAGAAAACUAUGAAAACCCAAGCAGUUAUGAUUCUACAAUGGGUAGUAGUAUCUGUGGAAACAACUCUUCUCAAAACAGUUGCUCGUACAGUAGCCUUACGUCUAGUAACCUAACACAGAGUAGCUGUGCAGUGACACAGCAGAUGUCUAACAUUAAUGGAAGCUGCAGUAUGAUGCAACAAACAAACAUCAACUCUCCUCCCACUUGUAAUGUAAAAUCUCCCCAAGGUUGUGUUGUUGAAAGGCCUCCAAGCAGCAACCAACAGUUAUCCCAGUGCAGCAUGGCCGCUAAUUUUACACCACCUAUGCAGUUAACUGAAAUCCCUGAGACUGGCAAUGCAAACAUUGGUUUAUAUGAAAGAAUGGGGCAGAGUGAAUUUGGAGCGGGGCAUUACUCACAGCCAUCUGCCACCUUCAGCCUUGCCAAACUGCAACAGUUAACUAACACGCUUAUGGAUCAUUCUUUGCCUUACAGCCAUUCAGCUGCUGUAACUUCCUAUGCAAACAGUGCCUCUUUGUCCACUCCCUUAAGUAAUACAGGGCUUGUUCAGCUUUCUCAGUCUCCACAUGCUGUUCCUGGAGGACCCCAAGCACAGGCUACCAUGACCCCUCCCCCCAACCUUACUCCUCCUCCCAUGAAUUUGCCACCUCCCCUUUUGCAGCGUAAUAUGACUUCAUCGAAUAUUGGAAUAUCCCACACCCAAAGACUGCAGACUCAGAUGGCCAGCAAAGGUCACGUUUCUGUAAGAACCAAAUCCACACCUCUGCCACCUGCUGCUGCAGCCCAUCAGCCACAAAUUUAUGGGCGUGCUUCACAGACUGUGGCCAUGCAAGGGCCUGCGCGGACCUUAACAAUGCAGCGUGGUAUGAACAUGAGUGUAAAUUUGAUGCCAGCCCCAGCUUAUAAUGUCAAUUCGGUGAACAUGAAUAUGAAUACCCUUAAUGCUAUGAAUGGUUAUAGUAUGUCCCAGCCGAUGAUGAAUAGUGGAUAUCACAGUAAUCAUGGGUAUAUGAAUCAAACACCCCAGUACCCUAUGCAGAUGCAGAUGGGAAUGAUGGGAACUCAGCCAUAUGCACAGCAACCAAUGCAGACAGCACCCCACAGUAACAUGAUGUACACUCCUCCGGGGCAUCAUGGCUACAUGAAUACAGGCAUGUCGAAACAGUCUCUUAAUGGAUCCUACAUGAGAAGGUAGGCCCUUGGAGAGACAGACUACCAAACUGGCGUAUUGGAUUGAUCUGCACAAAUAUCUUUUGGAGAGUACGAUUUCAAAACCAGCAAUUGGUGUGAAUGCAAAAACAUUUGUUGGCACCAUUUAAAAGCUGUAUGCAGCAGAAAGCCUUAUACAAGUUUUUCUUUUUCCUUUAUUUCUUGUUUCGGUUUCUGUUUCAUUUUGGUUUUGUUUUUGCCUUUUUUUUUUUUUAACUUUGUGGGAUUUAACUUUUCUUCUCUUUUCUUUGGGGGGAAUUAGAUGGUUUUCCAUUUUUUGUUUAUUUCAUUGAGCUUGAAGUUCUCUGGAAAGGAAGAACUCUUUCUAUGAACUGCAAUUACACAGCAGCUGAUGGUUCAGAGCCAUUUUAUGUGCCUGCUCCCAUUAAAAAUGUGGAUAAAUAGACUCCAAAACUAUCAGACAGUACUGGAUCGUGAGCUUUUCUCUCUCCUUUCCCCACAUGUAAAUGCCUUUUAGCAGUUCUUUUAUUGUAUUAUUUUGUUUCUGAAGGUGACACUUCCGCAUGCCGCUAAUGUCUUUGUUAGUGACAGUGCAUUUUGUAGUACUGUACAAGUGUUGUGCUUAACAGUAAGCCAUUUCUUAAUUUUUUUGCCUUGAUUAGGUUACCCUAGUUUGAGGGGUAAAAAAAACAGAACUAUAUUUUUGUUAAUUAUAAAACUUGUAAAAAAUAAUAAAAAAAAGCUGCAAAAGCUAUUCACGUUUUGGUUAGUUCAAAGGGUUUUAUUGCUGUAUGUUUAGUGUAAAGUUGAGACUCUUUUCCAUUUUUGUGACCAGUUUCUUUGGGGCUGGGGUAGGAAAAAAGGCAGCUUUCUGUUUUAUAAAUACUGUUAUGUUUUUUGUUGAUUGAAACAUCUCAGUGUUUAUUUGUCAAGUUUUGAAACAUUUUCAUAUAUGUCCAAAUACUUGGCAGGAUUUAAAAAAAAAAAAGUAGUGAAUUUGGUGUAAAGUUGCUAUUUUAUGGAAAUGCCUCUAACUUUACAUUUUCAUUCCAUCUGUAGAUUUUUCUAUCUUUAUAAAAUAUUGGAGUUAUUUUUUAAGGGAAAAAAAUAGAGCAGUAGCGUGUGAAUAGCUCAAACUAAGCUUACAGAUCGCAUGUAAAAAGGCAAAAGUUAUUUGUGUCUGUUUAUAUUGCUUCCUUUUUUGUAGCCUUUGUACCUGUACAGAGUGACUGUAAGGGCCGAACAGAAGAGGCUUGAUACAUGUAAAAAUAGGACCCAGUGACACUCUUGUAUUUAUCUGUUACCUUUUUAGUCAGUCACUUAAAAAAAACCCCACAAAAAACCACCCAAGAAACAAAAAUAAAAACUGCAAAAAAACCAACACCCCCCCAAGCUGUACAUUUUAACAUAAAAUAAAUUAUGAUGAGCCAUUUUUAGCCUCUUGUGUCUUGUCAUAGUUUGAUGUUGCAUGGGAAUUACCUCCUGAAACAGUGUUUGUUACAGUGCUCUCACAUGCUUGAUCUAAAGCCCGUUAAAGUUGAUGGGGUUUGGAUUAGGCUGUUAGAGCCUAAGUGUAGGUUACUCAUCAUAAUUGCAUACACCUUGUGAAA